CAAAUGGAACUGACACCAUGACAAAGAAAAGUGCGUUGCUGACAGAAAAAGGCAUAAAACUGGUGCAAGAGGGGCAGUACACGCAAGCUGCCAGUAUGUUUACAGAAGCCAUCAAAUGUGAUCCAAAGGAUUACAGAUUCUUCGGGAAUCGUUCCUACUGCUAUUACUGCUUGGAGCAGUACCCUCAGGCCCUGGCAGACGCUGAACGCUCCAUUCAGCUGUUCUCAGACUGGCCCAAAGGAUACUUCCGUAAGGGCAGUGCUCUAAUGGGCAUGAAGCGGUACGGUGAGGCAGAGAAGGCCAUGGAGCAGGUGCUGAAACUCGACGAAGACUGUGAGGAGGCUGUCAAUGACCUCUUUAACUGCAAAGUGCUGCAGUUAAUGGAGCUUGGUUUCGAAGAAAUGCAAAGUGUUUUACUGCUGGAAAGAUUUUCGACUGUGCAGGCUAUUCUGGCCUCUUAUUCUGACGCUGCCAGGGCUGGUGGCCAAGAGGUUGUGCAACCAGGAAGCCCUUGCCCGUCUCUGUGGGUGGGAAAUGUGACCACUGAACUAACUGAGAAGCACCUUUGGGACCUUUUUAAAAUGUUUGGUGAGAUAGAGAGUAUCCGAGUUCUGCAUGAGAGAUUCUGUGCCUUUGUAAACUUCAAGAAUGCAAACAUGGCAGCUCGUGCCAUGGAGAAACUAAAUGGUCAUUGUAUUGAAAACACACGGUUAGUGGUGCGCUACCCUGACCGGCGCACUCAGAAGGUCCUUCCCAUCCCACUGAAGACCUGUCUGCCUGUCACUCAGCAGGCAGGCGCAGCGGCGGGACCUCGACGACGGGGCCCAGUGAACGAGGACGAGUGUUACUUCUGGAGAACCACCGGCUGCCAUUUUGGGGACAAAUGUCGCUACAAACACAUUCCUGAUCAGAAAGGCAAGGACAGGAAGCCCUGGCAGCCUUGAACUCAGUUUACUCUCUGCCUCAGUAAUGUGCAGGAAACUAGGAUGCACAGACUGAGCCGAAGGAGCCGGUACUAACUGGACCAGGUUCUCUUGGCUCUAAUAUUUACUGCAGCAGAACGGACCAGAAUAGUGAAAUGAUCAGAGCCAGCGCCCAGGCUCAAAGGCAGAGAUUGUCACACAUGUGCCAAAUGACUGCAAGUAUUACGGUUUUUAUCUCAUCGAAAGACUUUACUCAACAAUAUUUCUCGACAGUACAAAGUAAAUUAGAAGGGAGCAACAAAUUGACCUGGUGUAGUCUUUGUUUGGAAUAAAAACCUUCGUAUUAGCAGCCUUUCAUAGCACAUGUUGACCUAUUCCAGCUUCAAGGGAUACGACAGAACCUCACAAGCAUACAACAUAAGGAGGAAGUGAAACUGCCUUGGUCGACUAUGGGUAAACAAGUAAUGGCUCUGUCAUGUACAGCAGAUAGUUAAGGACUCAGUUUGGAUUUUAAGGGCCUUGGUUCCUCAGUGAUGAUUCUGGGAUCCUUCCUUCUUUAUAAUCACACCUCCCUAUCAGCCCUUUUAAGUACAGUAACUCAAACAAUACUUUAACUUGCAGUUUGUUUAAUCAGUUUAGGUUUAUCAAUAGCCAACAGCGGCUUACACCAGUCUGUGGUUCAGUCUCGGGCUUUGUUUCCCACUUGAUGUUCCUCUUAUCAAUUUCAGCACGUUUUCGGCCAGACCAAAGAAUUACCAAUUAUGUGCUAAACAUAUCAGUUCCUCCUCUAUGCACAUGCGGUGGUUUAAGCAAAAAAAACUACAGAAACCCAGAGAGAGAGACAUUUUAUAAUGUCCUAUGUAGCCUUAGUUACGAGGAUCAUACAUGGGUGAAAAGAGAUACAAUAACCAACAUUUAUUUUAAUGCAAACAUGAGGUGUAUAUUUCACUUUCGCUAUCUAUUUGUCUCUCUUUUGUUGAAAGAUUGAUUACACACACUGUUCAGAUGUCUUUGCAUGGAUGGAGGACUGAUUGUCAUUCAUAAACCUACUUAUUUAGGCGUGGAAGCAGUAUAGAACACAUGACCACUUAAAGUCUAUGCAAAAGAAGGGCCAACUUGAGUGUCAAUUAUGUGUCAUAGACAUACAAACACUUACUAAAUGUCUAUACCAUGGCAAUGCCAUUGAUAAACAACUUCAUACAACGAAACAGUGCCUUACAAAAGAAAUGUCUGGACAUGUGUAACAUGAUCCACUCACAGAACUUCUGAAUCCUGAGAAGCAGUGUUUUUUUACCUUAGGGACUCCAUUUCAGUAUUUCAGUGAACCAAAGAAUGCUUCUUCUGAUGGCUACGCACUGAAAACACUCUGUCCUUUCACAGUUUUCAACACUAGGCAGUGCAUUAAAACCAUUAGCAUGUGUCUGUAUCAUCCACUAGAUAACAACAGCUACAGCACCUGGUUUAAGUCAACACUAAGUUCACGAGUAAAUUAUGCACAGCAUAGUGAAAGUAUUUAUUUCCCUAUUUAUACAGACGUUUUUUUUUCUGUUUUACAACAUAACUUGGUAGUUGGAUACACCCGUUCAUUUACUGGCCUUUUAGUACUUUGAAUGGUCACAUUCCUUAUGGCUUUAAGAGGCAAGCAUUGUUAAGGAACACUUGGUGUCACACAAUCACAUGCUGCACUUCUGCUUUUCUUGUUGCUAAAACUUGUGAAAAAGGAAUUGGACACCAAACCGUAAGUCUGCACUUGUUGAUGUAACAAACAUGCUAAUGUUUGUGUGACUGGUGCUGUUAACUCUGGUUGUGCAUUGGAUUUAAUUUUGCAGACUAACACAAUGCAUUCAAUGUUACCAUAGCAUAAUUUGAUAUAAUCUUGUGGACAUUUCAACCUUGUGAAUAAGAUUUCCUUGGGUUUAUUUUAGCUAUUUGGUAUGUUUUCUUUAGGCUUUUUACCUUUUUUUCAAACUAUUUCAGGAAAAAUGCAAUUUUAAUUUUGAUGUAAACAUUAAUAACCAGAGCUCUGCAAUCUUGUUAAUCUUCCAAAUAUUUUGUAUUAUCAUUACUGCACUGCAAAAAAAGAGUUUUAUAUUUAAUAAAUGUAUUUGAACCACC